UUAGCGUCUGGUGAUUAUAUGCAUAUGUAUUACUUCAAAUGGUGUUGACUUGUGUGAGAGUGGCAACCCUUCACAUUGCCUUUGCAUUAUGUGCUUAAACAGAUUAGGGAUGACUGCUGGAUUAGAACGUUCCACAUGCGCGACAAACACUUUAAAUAGCUGAGGCUCAUUGCUUCGGCGUGAGAGCGUCUUUGGAGUUGGACUGCUGCGACCUAACGACAUAACUGAAAUGUGUUGUUGACUACGAAGAUGGUGGACGUCUAUAAAGGUCUGAACUUGCUGGAGAGUCUCAAAGACUCCAUGGAGAGUAAUAAGUGGUCUGAGGUCAAAGAAGCAGUGGAAGACCUCCUGAUCAGCAGGAUCAACUUGGCCAUAGCAGGCGACCGUGGAGAGGAGAAGACCUCCUUCAUAAACUCUCUGCACGGCCUGUGUCCCGGGGAGGAAGGAGCAGCUCCAUCCUCAUCAGCGGUCGAUAGCGAGGACGUGACGUGCUACGUGAACCCCAAACACACCGACUACCGCCUGUGGGACCUCCCUCCUGUCCCUGAUUCGUCUCCGUUCAACUGUGACCAUUACAUGGACAGGGUCAAGUUUCUCCGCUACAACGCGGUCUUCAUGGCGUUCACGCAGACGACUCCCCCGCCCAGCGUUGUGGACCUGUUCCUCCGGACUCGCACGUUGCAGCAACAAACGCUCUAUUUGACCCUUUUGGUCUCGGGGAACGAUGAAGACAGGUAUCUCGAAGCAAAAAGGAGAGCAAGUAUGGAGAUGCUGGCGUCCAGAGGGGUGACCCAUCCUAAAGUCUACCUAGUGAGACCUUCCGCCUUGGAGACUUUGGACUUCCCUACCCUGCUGGAGGACAUGACCAAAGACCUUCCUGAAAUCAGAUCAUAUGCUCUUUUGAUGGCGCUCCCAACGCUGACCGCCGCUCUGGUCUCACAGAAAAAGGAGGCUUUCAAAGCGCUGGUGUGGGCAGCCGCCUCCCUUUCUGGCGGCAUGUCAGCCAUUCCCGUUCCCUUCGUGGCCUCCAUGGUGGACACGAGUGUAGCCGUACGAAUCCUGUCUAAAGCUCAAUUAUCCUUAUGUCUGGACGAUGCAUCGGUGGAGCGACUGGCCCGGCAGCGAGGUGUGGAACCGGCGACACUUAAAGGCUUGCGGACGUGCACGUUGUCCGUGGAGGUCACCAAGGGGGAGGUGAAGAGCCGGCUGGCGGCAGCGGAGAGGGACUCAUCCACACUCUCUUCCAAACUGAUGCAGAUGGCUGUACCCACACACGCACGUUCGGCUGGCCGUUCCUUUUCCGCCAUGUUGCACGCCUUAAACAGCGCCAUCGAUGACAUGGCGGCAGAUGCAGAGAAGAUUUUGGCCUCGGCUUUCAGUUAGAGCAGUGGUUCUUAACCUGGGUUCUUUCAAACCCUAGGGGUUCGGUGAGUCAGGCUAAGGUGUUCGGCGGAGGUCAAGACACACCCAACUCAUCGUGUAAAUAAAAACUUCUCCCUAUCGGCGUAUUACGGAUACGGCAACAGCAGAAGUCACACUGAUUUGCAGGUGUGUAAUUUGUUAUGAGUUUAUGCACUGUGUUGGUUUUGUUCUUUGAACAAGGUGAUGUUCAUGCACGGUUCAUUUUGUGCACCAGUAAAAAAACAUGGUAACACUUUAGUUUGGGGAACAUAUUCACCAUUAAUUAGUUGCUUAUUAACAUGCAAAUUAGUAACAUAUUGGCUCUUAACUAGUCAUUAUUAGGUACUUAUUAAUGCCUUAUUCGGCAUGGCCUUAUUAUAACCCUAACCCUCUAACCCUGGCCCUAACCAAAUAACUCUAAAUUAAGUCUUUGUUAUUUAGAAUAUGUUCCCCAUACUAAAGUGUUACCAAAAACAUAUACAUUUGUCUUGAAUUUGAAAAAAAAAAGUUUUUAUUUUUCACUAAAGAAGGGUUCGGUGAAUGCGCAUAUGAAACUGGUGGGGUUCGGUGCCUCCAACAAGGUUAAGAACCACUGAGUUAGAGGAAGCUUCUUCUUUUCUUUGUUGUUUUCCUUUACCUUCUUAAUAUUUUCAUACAGCACGUAAUAGAGCUGGGCCAAUAAAACAAUAUAUACAGUCACGAUCAAAAGUUUACAUAUACAGUACAUGUCUGGAGUUUCCAAUAAUUUCUACAACUCUUAUUUUUUUGUGAUAGAGUGAUUGGAGCACAUACUCUUUGGCCACAAUACCCAACAAUAUAUUUGGAGGAGAAAAGGUGAGG